AUGAUAAGCAAAGACCCAGAUACAACACAUACUUCGGGGAAAAGCCAACUUGAUAACAGUGCCAAUAGCUGGACAAACUCACUUCCGACACAGAAACGCAAAUUCGAUGAUGAUGCUGGGUCCGCAAUUAUCGAAUACGUUGAGCGGCUGUCAAAUAUUGCGCCUUCACCCUCGAUCGUCCCGUCAUUGUACAGAAGAGAAACCCCUUCUGAUCCGAAAUACAUUAACGAAUUGUUGGACGCAGUACGACGAGGCACUGUUGUCACGGUGGAGAUGAUUUUGAAUCAUGUCGACAUUGAUGCUCGGGAUCCUUGUACUGGACGCACCGCCCUUUCAAUAGCGGCCGAGCUUGGAGACAGAGAUAUGACAAAACUCCUGUUGAUCCAGGGAGCUUCAGUGAAUAUCCGUCAGUACAGCCUGAGCAGCUACUGUUUUGGAAGGCCUGCGAUGGCCAGUGGUCGAUUUCCCCUACAUUGGGCUAUCGCUGGAAAUCAUAUUGUAGUUGCAGAGCUCCUAUUACAAUAUGGUGCCAAUCCAAACGCUAGAAACAGCCCUGGACGGUCCGCUUUACAGGAGGCUUGCAUGAGGAGCGACCUGAAGAUGGUACGACUACUGCUGCAGUAUGGCGCGGACGUGAAUGCUAGAAGCUAUAAUCAUGGUUGGGCGCCCAUACAUGAAGCAGCUAACGAUAAACCAAUUGAGAUACUUCAAUUACUACUUGAGUAUGAACCUGUACUCGAUGUUCCAGCUGUAUUCGAACCCCACGCCCCGGGGGCUGCGCCGUUGCACCUUGCGGUCAGAUCCCAUUCUCUUGAUUCUCUGAGGCUCCUCUUGUCCAGCGGUGCUGAUCCCGAUGCUUUAAUGGUUGAAGACAUGACAGCUCUGCACUUAGCCGCUGCUAUGGGGUGGGUAGAAGGUAUUACUGUUCUUCUGGACGCUGGCGCUUCAAUCAACGCUCGGGAUGCGUGCACCCGUGAGACCCCUAUACACAAGGCGGCCCGGAAUAUCAAAAUGGAUGCAAUUGGCAUAUUAGGUGCGCGAGGUGCUGACACAGAGAUAAAAAACAUUGAUGGACAGAAUUACCAAACACUUCUGGAAUGCGCCAGGCGGUCUCCGGAUGACUGGCGUGUAGAUCCGUUGCUUGGUUCAUAUUGUACCUUCUAUUAG